AUGAUAGGAAGAGCCGACAUCGAAGGAUCAAAAAGCAACGUCGCUAUGGACGCUUGGCUGCCACAAGCCAGUUAUCCCUGUGGUAACUUUUCUGACACCUCUUGCUGUAAACUUUACAAAUCGAAAGGAUCGAUAGGCCACGCUUUCGCGGUCUGUAUUCGUACUGAAAAUCAAGAUCAAGUAAGCUUUUGUCCUUUUACUCUACGUAAGGUUUCCGUCCUUACUGAGCUUACCUUAGGACACCUACGUUACUGUUUGAUAGAUGUACCGCCCCAGUCAAACUCCCCGCCUGACAAUGUCAUCGGCGCGGGUCGCCAGCGCACCAAGUACGCUGACUUAAAAUCAAUCACAAGUUUUCGUAAGAAAACGUUCCCCGUAUUACCGAAUAAGUAAGGAAACGAUGAAAGUAGUGGUAUUUCACUGACGUACCGAAGCACUCCCACUUAUGCUACACCAUGCAUGAUUCUUCACAAAGUCAGACUAGAGUCAAGCUCAACAGGGUCUUCUUUCCCCGCUGUCUUUGCCAAGCCCGUUCCCUUGGCUGUGGUUUCGCUAGAUAGUAGUUAGGGACAGUGGGAAUCUCGUUAAUCCAUUCAUACGCGUCACUAAUUGGAUGACGAGGCAUUUGGCUACCUUAAGAGAGUCAUAGUUACUCCCGCCGUUUACCCGCGCUUACUCAAAUUUCCUUAAAUUAACAUUCAGAGCACUGGGCAGAAAUCAGAGACAGUCAACGUCUUUCAGAGACCAUCUGUCUCCUCUGUUUUAAUUAGACAGUCGGAUUCCCCAUGUCCGUACCAGUUCUAGAUUCGAUUGUUAAGCGCUAGCCGAAGACUACGCACGCCGAAACGAACGCAAUCGAAGUUGAAACGAUCCACCUGCAGGCCACGCUACUAGCCCAAACAGCUCGCCGAAGCUCGCCAUCCAGUCACGAACGCAGCCCGCAAGCAUCACGUAACAACCCGACUAACCCAAUCUCUAGAGCCAAUUCUUUUCCCAAAGUUACGAAUCUAAUUUGCCGACUUCCCUUAUCUACAUUAUUCCAUCAACUAGAGGCUGCACACCUUGGAGACCUGCUGCGGAUAUUGGUACGAUCAUGCGAGAAAUUCAUUAAGCCUCCCUUGCCUUUUCAAGGACCACAUAGAGUACACGAGACACCGCAGCAACCGCAGUGCUAUACAGCCCCAGCAACCAUAUCUCCGGAUGAACCGAUUCCAUGGUCAUGA